AUGUCCUCUGGUAACCAUGGGAAGAUCAAUCUGAGCUUGAAAGACGUGAAGCAUCUGCAGGUCCAAUUCUCCAAAGCUGCUACUGAUAAAUUAAAUUUAUAUCUUCCAACUGCUGAUGAGAGUGAUCCUUUGAAAGGAAGAGUCUCAUCUUUGGUGAAUGAUUUCAUAUAUGAGAUAUUUGAAGCUUCAAAAGAUUCUUUGGAUAUUGAUGAAUUGAAAGAAGGUGAACAAAAUACAUUAAGAUCUCUUUUAGAAAAUCCAACAAAUGAAGUUGAACCUUUUGAUUUUUCUUUACAAGACCAGGUUCGUAAAGCUUAUCAAGAAGUUGAAAGAGAAACAAUUAAAUUAACCAAAAUGAGAAGAGAAAAACCUUUAGAAAUUAAACAAAAUUAUGAAGAUUCAUUUAAUCAAUCGUUAUCAAAAAUUGAUUCAUUACAAAAAGAAUUACAUGAAUUACAAAACGGGGGUGAUGAUGAUAAUGAUAAUAAUGAACAAGAUGAACUAGAUGAACAUGAAAAGUUAUACAAUGAAGGUGUCAAACUUCGUUUGAGUGAUCUUAUAGCAGAUUAUGAAGAAUCAUUAGGUGAUUUGAAAACAGUUAAAGACGUAUUGCUCGCUGUUGCUACCGCUUUGCCAUAUUCAUUUUUAGGUGUUUUAUUAUUUCCAAAUACAAAAGUUUUAGGCGCUAGUCUUAUUAAACCAACUUUCCAAAUCACUCCAACUUAUUCAUUACCAACAAUUUUCACUCCUUUUGGUCCAUUAAUCUUAAUUUCAAUUAUCUUACCAGGUUCAAGUUUCUUUGGUCAUUUAUUUGGUUUAAUUGCAGGUUAUGCCCUUGCUUUUGGUUAUUUAGGUAAACUUGCACCACCUUCCAAAGUUAUUGAAUGGAUUGAAACAAAAUUAGAUGGAUUAAUUAAUCUUAUCCCAUCAAUUUUCAUAUAUUAUAGAGAAGUUGAAGCUAAAAAUUUAAGAGAAAAUACUGAUUAUGUUUCUCUGUUGGGUCAAUCUGAAAGUAUCUUACCAACUACAAACCCAAAUGUUACAUCGACUACUACACCAGCUACAUCUAAUCCUACUUUCCAAGGUCAAGGUCAUGUCUUAGGUGCUUAA